GCCUGAGGCUCUGUGUAUCACCUGCCCCUUCAGGCAUCAACAUUUAUGAGCUAGCGCCCCCUAAGGGCCCCACUCGGCAGCCCCUGGAGACGCUGGGCAACUUCCGUGGGUGGUACAGGACAGAGCAGCUCCAGCACAACUGCAGCUGGACGGUGAAGCAUCAGUGUGUGGAUCUGCUGGCCGAGGGCCUGUGGGAGGAGCUUCUUGAUGACGAGCAGCCAGACAUUACUGUCAUGGACUGGUUUGAGGACAGCCGGCUGGACGUGUGUGUCUAUGAGUUGCACGUCUGGCUGCUGGCAGCUGACCGACACACCAUCAUUGCUCAGCACCAUGUGGCCCCCCGGACCUCUGGGAGGGGCCCUCCUGGUCGCUGGGUCCAGGUGUCCCACGUAUUCCGCCAGUAUGGCCCUGGUGUGCGUUUUGUCCACUUCCUGCACAAGACAAAGAACCGCAUGGAGCCUGGUGGGCUGCGGCGAACAAGGGUGACUGACUCCUCCGUGUCUGUGCAGUUCAGGGAGUGACUGGCUGUUUUGACCCCUUGUCUCAUCCUAAGUGUCUGACUUCAUCGCCCUCCCCGCCCCCAAACAUCUGAAUCUUUGGCAUUUCCCCUCACUCUCGGGGCUCCAGGAGGGCAGGGACCAUGUCUUCCCGAGGCAGUGCUUGACAGAUAGUAGGUGCUCAAUAAACCCUUGUUGACUAAACCAAUAAACACCUGUGCCCAAGGA